UAUAAAGGCAGUGAUAAUCAUCGAGCGCUCAGUAACAUAUGUUCAAUUUACUUCAGGCAGUUUUGUUCAUAUUGUUUUAGUGACUUUAAUAAUUAAUUAAAAAAAAUAAAAUUAUUAUUAAAAAAGGUGUACAGAUUUUAAAUUUCAAUAGAUCACAUUAUUGCGACUAAUUUAUUAUGCCAGUUUGCAAUCGUAUAUUGCAAUAAUAUUGCGCUUAUUCACAAAAAUCCUUGCAUUUUACCUGCGUCACUUGAUUUUUAAAAGUUUAACAACUAUACACAACUCGCGAUGAUGCAGGUUGCUGAUAUCAAAACCGCCUUAAAAGACGAUACGAUAUUCAAUGCAAUAAACAAGGAAUUUUUAUCUUUGGAUCUUGACGAUGUGAAGAACAAUAAUCAAGAUCUGCAAAAGAUUUUUAAAAAACUCAUAGAAGCUAUGAAACGAGAAAGCCCGCUAUUUAAUGAAACAUUCCAAAGAAUUAUGUGGGCCGGCAGUUAUUACAAAAAGACACGAGUUGAAAAACCUAACGAAUAUGAUAUAAACUUUGUGAUUAACUUGCCCAUAAAAACAAAGUUUAUGUCGGAUUGUCCAGGUUAUAUUAAAAUUAAACGCACAGAUGACCUUCCUAAUGUUUCAAAGGCUUCUAACAAUAAAGAAAUGAAAUCCUUUAUUGAUGAUGAUUCAUAUCUAAAUCAAGAAAAAAUUCGGACUUGGAUGGAAAGUAUCUUGAGUAAAGUGGCUCGCACUACCAGUGGAAAUGAUCAAUAUAUUAAAUUGGAUCGAUAUCCGCAAAUAACGAAGAAAAAAUCAGGACCAGCUUUUACCUUAAACGUGCGGUUUUCAAAUGGAGAUUUCGUCGAUAUUGACUUGGUCCCCGUUUUAGUUUAUCCAAUUCAUAAUCCGCCACCGAAAUGCUCGGGAAAAUUUUCUCACUCUUACAUAAACCUGCAGGGAUCUAAUAAUAAAUCCCAAGAUAAUAAUAAAUGUUGGUCUGCAGUACCAAAACCUUUGAAUAAUAACAAGGGUAAAUUCCCCGACGCACGACAUAGAUAUUGGCGGUUGUGUUUUUAUGAUUAUGAAAAAGAUAUUCUUUCUAAAUAUGGACGUGCUAAGCCCGUAAUACGCCAUUUAAAGAAAUUAAGAGAUACUGAAGAUUGCAUGAAAAAUAUUGCAAGCUAUUAUAUAGAAACAUUAUGCUUGCACGAAUUGCAGAUAUUUGAAGGUUCCAACAAAGUGUCAUCGACUUUUUUAUUUUUUACGAUGUUAGAAAAGUUUCAUGAAGCUUUUCAAAAGCGCUGUAUAAAACAUUAUUGGGAAGAUUUCAAUUUAUUGGAAAAUAUGGGACUUGAUGAAAUGAUAAUUAUAGAAAACCGCUUAAAUAAAAUUAUAAAAGAAAUUAAGAAAUCCAUCAAAGAUGAUAAGUUUGCAAUUGCUAGAUUUGUUUUAAAGAAAGAUGAACUCGAAAAGUUGAAAAGAGUAAUUAAUGAUCAUGCAACUGCAGAAUCAAAUCCGAAAGAAAUCCAAACUGAAUCAUCUAAUGAGUCGAGAUGCAUAAUUAUUUAACCACUGAACAAAAAAAUUGGUGCUUUUGAUGAUACGAUAAUCGAAUUGUGGAUCAAGUUCAAGUUAACCAUCUCGCAUCACGUUAUGAUAUACGAAAGAUACCCAUAACACGUUCAUGCACAUAAUUGUAAUGGUUCGUUAUUAUCUUAUAUAUUUUAUCAAUUUUGCACCGUACAUUGAGAACGAGCGAGACAAACGAUAAUUACUUACCUUGGCAGUCACAAUAUUGUCCACGUAUUAAGAUCAAGCGAGGCGAGUAACGAAUGUUUUGGUUUUUUUGAUCCUCUUAAAUGGACGUAAGGACCAUUUCCGCGUAGCUACAAUAUUGAAAUUUGUACUUAUUGCGAUAUACUUUCACAACACGGUAAAUACCAGUUGCACAGUACAUCGUCGUGAUCGUCGAAACGUUGCUAAUCGUGAAGAUUCAGGGUAAAUAUGUUCGAGCAAUUACUUUUAUCGGUAUUCUAGGCCAAAAUUUGUAUUUGAUACGCACUGAAGACAAAUAAAACUCAUGAUAAAUCAUGA